AUGGCUAGCAUGCGUGCAAUCGAUAUUAAGGGGGGGAAAGGCCCCGCAGCCAAUCUGUUCAUCAACACCAUCCCCAAACCCCUGCCUGCUGCAGGAGAGGCCCUUGUGAAAAUCAAAGCGUUUGGCUUGAACAGGAUGGAUUUGUUGCAGAGAGAGGGGAUGUAUCCGGUUCCCCCUCAAGCCCCUAAGACAUUGGGUGUGGAGUUCUCUGGCGUCAUUGAAUCCUUGGGCGAUGGAGACUGUCUCGACUUCAAAGUCGGUGAUGAGGUAUUUGGAUUGGCUUACGGAGGAGCGUAUGCGGAGUAUAUUUCAUCUUCUGUGCAAACACUGCUUCACAAGCCUGCAGAACUAUCGUGGAUAGAAGCGGCGGGGAUACCAGAGACAUGGUUCACAGCAGCGCAGGCUAUGUAUCUAGUAGGCGAAUUUAAGCCAGGAAAAUCAAUACUCUGGCAUGCAGGAGCAUCAGCUGUUUCCAUCUCUGGAAUACAACUCUCAAAAGCAGACAACGCUAGCAAUAUCUAUGUUACAGCCGGCUCGCAGGAAAAAAUCGACUUCUGUGUCAAGGACCUGGGGGCAACGGCCGGAUUUAACUACAAGACUCAAGACUGGGUUAGCGAGUUGAGCAAGGUUACCAAUGGCCGCGGCGUCGAUGUGAUUGUUGACUUCGUCGGUGCAAGCUAUUUCCAAGGAAAUCUUGACGCAGCCGCGAAGGACGGCCGUAUUGUCAACCUCGGUUUCUUAGGCGGCACGAAGUUACCUGCUGGUAUUGAUAUCAGCCAAAUUCUGAGGAAGCGUUUGAGGUAUGAAGGCAGUUCUUUGAGGAGUAGGGAUAUCGCGUAUCAGAGGCAGCUUCGGGAUCUAUUGCUGGAUCAUGCAAUGCCUAAAUUUAGGGAGGGGACAUUCAAAAUUUAUGUUGAGAGAGUCUUCCCAUUUGAGAAGGUUAUCGAUGCCCAUUUGCUCAUGGAAAGUAACCAGACCAAAGGGAAAAUCAUUUGUACCAUUACAGAAAGCUGA